GUCGAGCAUCACCAUACAGUACGAUACCGUGACAGACCGACUGCAGUCAGUCCAGCAACUGGGACAGCAGUGUGUCGUUCUUCAACUUCCAUUGACGGCAGAAAAACAGCUUUUUUGUGUGUGCUUUGACGUGACGUGAUGAGCGGCAGGGUUGGCGACCUUAGCCCGAAGCAGGCAGGGGCAUUGGAAGAGUUUCGAGAGAGGAUUCAGGACGUUCUUCCACUACUUCCUGCUCAUCAUGACCACUUCCUGUUGCGCUGGCUCAGAGCCAGGAACUUCAAUGUCAACAAAUCAGAGGCCAUGCUGAGAAAGCACCUUGACUUCAGGAAACACAUGAACGCAGACACAAUCACCACAGAAUGGCAGCCUCCAGAGGUGAUAGAGAAGUACCUGUCAGGUGGGAUGUGUGGGUACGACCGUGAGGGAAGCCCCAUCUGGUGGGAUGUCAUCGGCCCCAUGGACCCCAAGGGCCUCUUCCUGUCAGCGUCGAAACAGGACUUCAUCAAGUCUAAGAUCAGAGACUGUGAGAUUCUGCAGAAGGAGUGUGAGCUGCAGUCUGAGAGGUUGGGGAGACAUGUUGAAGCCAUCACUAUGAUCUAUGACUGUGAUGGUCUGGGUCUCAAACAUUUAUGGAAGCCUGCCAUCGAGACUUACGGAGAGAUCCUGACCAUGUUUGAAGACAAUUACCCAGAGGGCCUCAAGAGACUGUUUGUCAUCAAAGCCCCUAAGCUCUUCCCUGUGGCUUACAACCUCAUCAAGCACUUCCUGAGUGAGAUCACCCGCAACAAGAUCAUCAUCCUGGGGGCUAACUGGCAGGAGGUGUUGUUGAACUACAUAGACCCAGAGCAGCUUCCUGCCGCGUACGGAGGGAAACUCACCGACCCGGACGGGGACCCUCGCUGUAGGAACAAGAUCCACUACGCAGGGCCGGUACCUGCUUCCUACUUCGUGAGGGAGUCCGUGAAGGUGGAUUAUGAACAGUGUCUGACAGUCAGCCGAGGCUCCUCACAGCAACUGGAGUAUGAGAUACUCUUCCCUGGCUGUGUGCUCCGGUGGCAGUUUUCCAGUGAUGGGGCAGACAUCGGCUUUGGGGUGUUUAUGAAGGGUAAGAUGGGGCAGAGGCAGAACGCAUCGCAGAUGCAGGAGGUGGUUCCCAGCCAGAGAUACAAUAGCCACCUGGUGCCUGAGGACGGCUCUCUCACCUGCAGCGAGCCUGGAAUCUAUGUGCUGCGGUUUGACAACACCUACAGUAUCUUCCAGUCCAAACGCAUUAGCUUUACGGUCGAGGUCCUGCUCCCCGGCCAAUCGCAAUCUCUGAAGAAAAUGAUUGGGAUGGAAUCUGGGGCCAGCAACCAAUCACAGUCCCUGAAGAACAGGAGUCUGUCAGAAUCUGGGGCUAGCAGUCAAUCACAGUCUCUGAAAAAUAGGGGUGGGUCAGAAAGGGGGGCUAGCAGCCAAUCGCAGUCUCUGAAGAACAGGGGUGGGCCGGAAUCUGGGGCCAGCAGCCAAUCGUGACAGACAUUACUGAGUUGCUAAUCUCUUGUGGACAGAUGAAACGGGCGAGAAUCUGUCAAGGCUCACGUAGAAUUAGGUGAUUAUAAGCAGAAGUAGCUCCUCGUUUUGGGUUUACAUCAUUGAUUAUUUGGACAAAUCAGGAUUGGGUGAAGGCGGGGCUUAAACUGGUGCUGUGAUUUUCAAGCCUGUGUGCAGAUGAUAAACGGUUUCCACUAGAUUCCACAGCCACAAAGUCAACAUCGAUUUUUUUUGUUUUUGCCAUGAUAAACACUGGUGAAAUUA